GGGAAGUCACCUUGUUCAUGAAAUCUGAGCGCUACGCGGAAAUUUAAUCUUCAUCUCUUAAUACAUAUAUAUAUUUUGAGUACUUCAUGCACGUCUUAAGAUCGGGAAAAAAUAUUUGCUGGUGAUUGUCAUCCUGUAGUGCUUUAUCAACUGGAACUGUCCAUAUUCAAUAUGAACUCUAUACAAAAAGAUCAACCUGAUCCCGAUGCCAUCAAAAUGUUUGUUGGGCAGAUUCCCCGAAAUUGGGAUGAAAAUGAUCUGAGGAAACUUUUUGAUGAGUUUGGACCUGUCCAUCAAAUAAAUGUUUUAAGGGACAAAAUGACUGGACAAAGCAGGGGUUGUUGUUUUGUCACUUUUUACUGUCGUAAAUCAGCUGUAGAUGCACAAAAUGCUUUGCAUAACAUAAAAACAUUACCUGGUAUGCACCACCCUAUUCAAAUGAAACCUGCAGACAGUGAAAACAGAAAUGAACGAAAGUUAUUUAUUGGUAUGUUGUCCAAAAAGUGCACGGAAAAUGAUGUUCGAGUUAUGUUUUCUUCAUUUGGGCAAAUAGAAGAAUGUACUGUUUUGAGAGAUAUUAAUGGUCAAAGCAGAGGUUGUGCUUUCAUUACAUAUGCUUCACGACAGUGCGCCAUCAAUGCCAUAAAAUCUAUGAAUCAUUCACAAACCAUGGAUGGCUGCAGUAGUCCUCUUGUUGUAAAGUUUGCUGACACCCAGAAAGAUAAAGAUUUAAAAAGACAACAACAGAUGAUGACUAACAUAUGGAAUAUGACAAGUUUUAGUAACAUUGGUCUUGGCUCACAGUAUAUUGCUGCACAAGCACAAACCGGUGGCUAUGGAAAUUUCACUAGUCUACCUCAACUUGCUGGAGGAAUGAAUUCUCUAAAUAUGCAACAACUUGCAGCUCUGGCAGCCGCCCAGUCUCCAAACAGUACGAAUACUGGGCUAAAUGCACUUGGUCUUCAGGGUAUAGGUGGGCAAGGGGGGAUCACAAUUAACUCAGGAAAUCAUACAUCAGAUGUUAAUGCAGCAAACAUUCAAAGCUUAGCUGCUUUGGCUAGUUUAACAACAAAUAAUCCUGUGGGUAUUAAUUCUAUGAUGAUGCAAAAUUUGACUGCACUUGCAGCUGCUAGUAGUAAUAGUGGCAAUGCAGGAAUUCAUGGUCUUGCUGCUGGAGGCAAUAUGUCUGGAAGUACAUCAAGUGCAAGUUCUCCCAUGAGUGGGGUAGGCUCAGUAAGUCCUGUCACUAGUAUGGCACUCGGCCUCAACAACACCUCAAUUUCUAAUAUGGGAGCAUUUACCGGUGUUAAUGGCAUUGGAAAUAUGACCAAUUUAGCUGCAAAUGGCUCUAACCUAGAUGCUUUAACACAAGCAUAUACUGGUAUUCAAGGAAUUCAGCCUUUUGCAGGUGAGAUGCAAGAUAACACUUAUCGACACUGCACUGGUUCUUUUCCACCCGUGGGUAUGCAACAACCUCAGAGUUCGCCGGGGAAGCAAUUAGAAGGUCCUGAAGGAGCUAAUCUCUUCAUAUACCACUUGCCUCAAGAGUUUACAGAUUCAGAUUUAGCCCAGACAUUUUCUCCUUUUGGAAAUGUUAUAUCUGCAAAAGUGUUCAUUGAUAAGCAAACAAACCUUAGUAAAUGUUUUGGCUUUGUUAGUUAUGACAACCCCAACAAUGCCCAGAAUGCCAUCCACUCUAUGAAUGGUUUUCAGAUCGGCAUGAAGCGAUUAAAGGUGCAGUUGAAGCGUUCAAAAGACGCCAGCAAGCCCUACUAAACGCUGACAACCGAGCUUGCACGCAGUUUUCCUACUAAGAAAAAGUGUGUGUAUAUUUGAAAAAAAAAAAAAGAAAUUUUAUCCUCUCAUUAUAUUCUGUGUUUAUUGAUGUGUUAUAAAGUAUAUACUUCUGUUGACAAAAAAAAAAGAAAAUAUAUAUAUAUUGUCCUCAAGCAUCCAUGGUAUUGGAACUUUAUGGCCCCUUGGAGAAUAAAUAUAAUGUAUGUCUUUGUUUUAAAAGUUAUUAGCUUAUAAUCAAAUAUUAUUAUUGUUCAUUGUGUAUUUAGUUAUUGUAAUCAAAUUAUAUUAUUUUUAUGUAAGUGCUUCAAAUUUCUUGUACCAACCAAAUGGUUCUUGAUAUGAUGAUGCUUAAAUUGUUUACACCAAUAAUAUAUUUAAAUGUUUGUUCUUUAUCUGUUGAAGGCGAUUGCAGACCAACUAUACAACAUUCUGUAAUAAUAUAAAUAAAUACCUUUGUGCUAAAAAGUAAUAUAAGAAAAAACAUCAAAAAGCACAAACUGCAAAUUACUGUAGACACGUGUUUUUUCGUGAUGAAGAACGUCUUUCUCAAUGCUAAAGAAAUUAGCUUUUGGAUGAAAAGACAUCCGAUAAAAGCCAAUCUAAAUUCGUUUGUGGGAUGUCUUUUCAUCCAUAAGCUCAUUUCUUUAGCUUUGAAAAAGGUGUUCCUUGUAAUGCCGAAACAGGUGUCUGCAGUUGACUGCAUUUUGCUUUUUGACAUUGUUAUUUCUCAUAUUAUUCUGUAAUAGUAUUGACUAAGUUUAAAAAGGAAAAUUAUGCACUAUAAUACCUACCCCUGUCCAUCCCUGUUACUAUCUUCCUUUGCUUUUCUAAGUGCAUAUCUAUCAGAAGCAAGCUUUACAUUUUGUUUAAUGCACUUCUAGAUAUCUUUGUAGAAAAUAUGUUGGCAUGAACUCAUAGAUUCUUACCCUAAAAAGGAAAACUUUUAUACUGAAGUCAUAUUUAAGGAAAUAUGGCAAUCUUUUUCUUAUCAUUCUAAUGUUAAAAUAAACAUGUUAUGCCAUGUAUUCUGCAGUUGCCUCAGACAGGAUGGAGAAUAAAGCUUUUAAUAUGAUCUUAUGUAGCUGUUUUCUAAUUCUAGCCUCUUUAUCUCAAGGACUAUUUUUGUUGUGCACAAUUUGAAGCGCAUUGUAUGUUCUUAUAUUGGACUCGGAGGGAUACUGUCAAAAAUUUGCCCUAGUAUUUUUUGUUUUACUAUUUUAUGAACUAAUGCACUGUAUCAUGUGCAAAUGAUUUCAGAUUUAAUGUUAAACCAAUUGUCAACAUGCAUAAGAUCUAUGUUUCUUUUAGAAUUUACAUUUUCAGUAUUUUUCUCCUUUUUUUUUCCUUUGUUUUUUUUUUCUUUUUAUUUUUUUAGUAUUUGUUUUCAUAUUUUAAGUCUCAAAAUUUACUAUAAUAAGAAAUGAAAAUUAAAAAAUUGUUUGGGGAAAGAAACCAUUGAUAAUUAAAUAACUGCAAUAAAUUUUUGGCAUCUAAUUUUUGUUUUAAAAUUUCUUAGUUGGAAUGAUUUAGAGUCCUAUAUUAUUCAAAAGCACUAUUGAUUAUGGUUAAUAAAAUUAAGAGUGAAAAUAAGUAAAGAUUCACUGCAAUUAAAAAUAGAUAUUAUACUCUCUCUCUUUUUUUUUCUUUUUUUUUUUCCUAUUUAAGAAGCAAAUGUAGCCAAUUAAAAGCAUCAUGAGUCUCUUGAAGCGUUAAAAUGUUGACAGUUUGUUCUAUUUUGUUUAUAGGUAAUUAAAAGUUUUAAAUGGCAACUGUCAACUUAUGUGUUUGUUCUCCGAUACUAAUGUUCAGUUUUGUUUUUUAAAUUCAACUUAUUGCCAUCAUUGUUUAUUCUAUGCAGUGCAAUGUUUUAACCAAUAUUCAAUAAAUUUAUUUUCAUUUUAUACAUUAGGAAAAGGAAAGAUAGAUAAUGCUGGGAAAUUCAAAUAUGACACUAUCCCUUUUAUUCACUGGGUGAUUGUAGUUGAAAUAACUCUUUUAAGAGAUGAAAUUCAAAUCAUUUGUUAAGAGAUUGAAAUUUGGUAUAAUGUGAAAUCAAAACAAAGAAUUGUAUAUUCUGACAAGCUAAAAUAAUCUAUAAGUUACCUGCCAAAUUGAGAGAAUUGUAAUUGUUUGUAUGAUCCAUCACUUUUAUAUGCCUUUUAAAAUCCCACUUUGGAAUAUCUUUUAACGUUUAAAAAAUGCAUUUACAUGUUUAAAUUUUCAACCACAUCAAUACAUGUGUUGUAAUAGUAUUAGUCGAUAUAUUAUGAAAUGGACACCUUUUUUAAUUCGUUCAUGUAAUUCAUUUCUUGUCGUGUUGAGAGUAUAAUCCAAAUUUAGAAAAGAAAAAUUUUACUCGUUUUUAAGUUUCCUUGAAAAGUUUUCUUUGCUGAAAUGCAGAAAUGUAUUGAAAGUGAGAAUUCCUAUUCUUACUACUUUGCCAUUUUGAAGAAAAAUUAAAAGUAACCAAUCAUAUAUUCAUUUGAAAACAUUUAUUGAAUGUCUUAGCUAAUAUUUUUCUACUUGCCCCCCCCCCCCCCGUAAUAUCUUACAAACCAUAAAAUAUGAAAACACUUUUCUUCACUUCAUAAAUAAGUAAAACCAUACAAAAUCUGUAAAAUGAAUAGUAUUGGAUGAUUUUCCCCCUCAAUUAUUUAUUUAGUCCUUCUUUAUUAUUAUUAUUUCUUACUGUUGUAAAGAGGUUGCUAUUUUUUAAAUUCUUUUAAGCUUUUAAUAAUUGCAUAGUGUUGUAGACUUCAGUCUGCCAAAAACAAAAAUAUUCAAUUUGACGGUUUUCACAUUCUUUGUCAUCUCUCAAUUUCAGAGAAGGAUAACCACUGAUGUAUAUAGAAUAGUUUGGGUUUUGGAAUUUUUAAAAGACUAUGUAGGUAAUGUCUAUUCCUGUUUUGAAAGUUAUUUAAAACAUCCUUACGAAAUACAGUUCUUUGUUUUAACCAUUUAAUCUACCAAAUGUAAUUGUUUUAUCGAGUUGGUAUAUUUUAAUUUUGCUAACUAUUGCUGUUGUAAAGAAUGAGAAAGUCAAAGGAAAUGGCAUACUGCUCAGGAAAAGCAUAUUAGGGAAGAGAGAGUGAGUGAAAACUGAAUUAUUUGAAAUAUUCCUUCCCAACAUUUAAGCCUACAUGAAGCCAAUGGCCUUCACCGAAUGUUCAAAAUAUACCGGUGUGUUCUUGUCUCGGAAGUUAGUAUGCCAUCGUCUUUAAUUCCGCCUUUUCUUCUCAACAGUCAAGGUUGUCUUGAGUCCCCCCUGUGUUGUUAAGAGGUGAUUACUUGUUCCAACGGUUGUGACAAGGCUCUGCACAUAUUCGCAGUGAGUGAGCUGUUCAAACAUGCCCCCCCAGGAAGCUGACAAAGUGCCUCGCUUCUUCCUGCCGGACAACUUUGAGUGCGGAGCCCACCCCCUUCCUUCGGAAGGCCAAGAGUCAUCCGUGGGUGCUCGCGGGACUCGCUGUCGUUUCAUUUAUUACUUUUUUGUUUCAUAGUUGUGUACAUUUUCGUGAGUAAAUAAUUUAGUAUAUGUAUGUUGUAUGGUAUGUUCGGUUGCUUUGUUAAUUUGUGUGCAGUAUUAUUUUUAUCUUUAAUGUAGUCUUGUCGCACUGUUGAUUUUGAUGCGCACCCAAGAAGGGUGCCCCCACGAAAAAAAUGUUUUCUCUCGGGAGUUUAUCGGUACAUUAUGAGGAGAAUUAGUUUUAGCACACAUAUAUCAUUGUUUUUAUUUUACUUGAGAAACGGUUUGUAUUCAUGCUCUCGUCCAGUUGUACAGUUUCUAAAUCGUGCAAAGUAUAUUAACUAUUAAAAAAUAGGAUAGACUGCUCACCGCCGAGGCGAUUUCGAGGAAGCCAUCGUGAACCGUCUCUCCUGUCCGAGUUAAAAGCAAGGAGGCUGAAACUGAAAUGGAUGGAACACUCACAAUGCUCGUAGUCUACCUUGCUGUGUACAGAAGCAUAUAUACCAUUGUGAUAUACAGUAACCACUCGAUAUAUUGUUCUUUUCAGUAGACAAGAAAUUUCCUCCAAAAGCCUUGAAAAUUCCCUCUUGUUGCAAUCUUAGUUGUUAUUUCAUUACUUUUGUGUGUUUUCUAAACAAUAUAUUAAGGCAAUUCCACCUAAAGAAAUCUUCAUUAAAUUUUUAUAUUUUCUCUGUCCUUGACCGCUAAGUUGAUUUAGUUAUGAAAAAAGGAAUUUCUGAUUGCUUCUUUUGUUCAGAAAAAAAAAAUUAAUCAGGCAGAAUCAAUCAUAGUCUUUGCUAGUUCAGCAUAUUUACUUGCAUACAAGUGAACUGAAGAUAGGUUUCUGGUCUAGUUACUUUUGUUUCGUUAACAUUUUGUCACUUUCCAUAUUCAUAUUAACAAUUUUGUCUACUAUAUUGGAAUAUCCUUUUAAAAAUAAACCUAGAGCUAUAUAGCGAGUUGUUAUUGUACUUUUAAAUCCAUCGUUUUUGUGGUCGGUCAAGUCUUUUAAAUGGCUUUAAAUAUUUGUUUUAUUCAAAGUGUUUUAUACAAGUGUACAUACAUGUCGAAGGCAGUCGAAAAAUUUUCCAAUUUUUUUUUAGUCCCUCAAAAUGUUCGUCUUUGUGUCUUUUGUGAAGUUCGAAAUUGUUAAAUGUGAUCGAUCGUGAGUGUUGCUUCGACUUCCACGUGUUUACGUGCAAUGUAAAAUAUUGCUUGAGGUUAAUGUUUAUAUGUAGAGUGGUUAAUUGCAGCCUUACAGUUAACUUUCAUGUUCAUCACGAAAUUGAAGUCUUGCAAGUCUGUGACGUGUGGGCUUGGAAUCAUAGUGAUGUUUAUUUGUUUUACCUAACUGCUGCAGUUUUUGAAGUAAACUCCUUGUCUAAGUUAUUUAUUCUGAAAUUAUUAAGUAACUUACGCAAGUUUCUUCCUGAUUUUUUCUACAAAAUGCUAUUAUAUUUACCUUCAUUUUGUCUUACAUGGUUUAUAUUUAAUUAUUCACAUGGAUGCUCAAAAGUUAAGCAACAACUUUAAUGUUUAUUUAGUUAUCUGAAAUCUCAGGAAAGAAAUGUAUGAUUUUGAUAUACUAAUGAAAUAAAUAGUGAGUAUGUCUUGCAUUUGGUACUUAGCUGAUACUCAUUCUCAAACCAAGAUCCUGUCUUGCCAACUAGAAGAUUGGUAUUAUACUCCCUCCCUAUUUGGAAAAUUUUUGCAUGGAAUACAUUUAAAUUCAAAAAAAGGUGUUUAACUUUGUAUGAAAUUUUGUAUGAAAUUUUCAAUUAUUUAAAUUAGAACAUGCUUUGUGACCUUAAUGAAUUCUGGAACAUUUAAAAUAGUCCCGGAUAAAUCAGUAAUUGUUUAGUUGGUCAAAACAGUUAGCUGAAAUACUGCCAAAGAAAUUAUUAUUUCAAUUAUGGCAAUUAUUGUUAAAUACUGUUUUUUAAGCAGUUAUCAAUCAAAGUAUUUUUAUAGUGCAGUUAAAUUCUUGUCGAAACGGUGAAAAUCUUUUGUGUUAUUCUUGAGUUGGAGGCUGUGAAAUAGUAUGUCUUGUACUCAAGCAUGUGUUAUUGGAGUUUUCAGUGCAAUAAUGUUGCUUCCAAUCCUGUAUAUGUAACUGAUUGGUUUAUUUUUAUAUUUACACAUUAUUAGGUAUGUUAUGUAUUUUGUUGCAUUCGUUUCACAUUGGAGUUAUUUUUGUUCUUUGUAUAAAUUAGUGGAAUGUGUUUAAAAGUCAAAAGCUAAUUUGCUUGAGAUUGAUGAGACCCAACCGGUGCAAUUUAGAUUAAAUUAAAAUUCCAAGACAUGAUCAUCCUGGAAAAUUUUAAUUGUAAUUCCGAACAUGUUUAUAUAUGUAUAUGUGUCUGUAGCUAUAAAAGGGAAAGAAAGCAAGGAAGAAUAAACAAUAAAAAGUACAAUAUUUAGUAAAUGAAAAUGUUUCUUAGCUUUUGAGCAGAAUUUAAAUAUAAAGCUUAAUUACUGUUAUGUGAAAUUCCCGAAAAAUUGUUGAAUUUUUGUCAAUAAUUAAUACUUGUCAAUUGUUAUGAUUUUUAAACAAAGUCAUUAAAUUUAUUUUUUCUACUAUCAGUCAUAGUGUGUUUUUUAUUAGUUUGUACAAGUUAAUAUUGUUAGUGCAUCGUAAUGUUUAAUGUUUGCAGUGACUAUGCAUCUGAAGAUGUGGAACAUAGUAAAACACUAAUUUACAAUGGAAUUUCAUGCACCUGUUUUUGGAAUUACAAGAACCCCUUUUUGGUUCAAAAGUUAAGGAGAAACUGUCUGACAGAAAUUGCUCUUUACAUAUCUUCAUUUUAUUGUACUAAAAAAGGAGUUUCUUGUAACUCUUAAGUGUAUGUAUGCAGUUUGCAUUACAAAUUUAUGUGUUCAUGCAUUGAAAUUCUUCAGUAGUUAUCUUGUAUAGUGGAUUGCAUCAUUGUUAAUUACAAAUUUUCUUCUAUUUAUGCUACAGAAGCAUUGUUUUAUUUUUAAGAAAAUGAAUGCACGAAAUCUAUUUUACAAUUAAGAAUUAUGUGCCUUUUUUUUUUUUUUCCAAGUUCUAUUUACAUUCUAGCAUUUACUUUUUACCAUUAUCUUACUCUGACAACUUAUUCGUGAAGUUCAACUAAAAAUGCAGUCAAAUGUAUACUAUGACAAAUCUAACAGUGAUUAAAAUAAUCUUUAUUUUAUGACUGAUGAUCAUAUAUUGUAAUUCUGAAAUCACUAUUUUGUUCCAAGCCUGUCAGAAUAAAUUCCAUUCUUCUAUUAUUUGUAUGAGAAGCAAGCAUUUAUUAAAUGACUUUCAUGUAUGUGUGUAACUUGAAUUCAAGCUGUGGUAUUCUAAAGUGAUCCCAAGUACAAAUUCAUCAACUCUUACUGGAAAAUAGCAGUGAUAAAAUUCUAAAUUUGAACCACAUGCACUUUUUUCUGCUGUUGUGACUUCCGUUCGGUUUUAACCUCCUUGGUGUAGAAUAACAAUAUUUUUCAUUCAAAAAAUGGUUUGUAGAAUCUUCUCAUUGUAACCCAGUAUUAUGAGACUGCUCUGCAUGAGCUGAAUGUUUUAAAGAAUUUUGUGGACGCGUUCUAGUCCCAUGUUUGUCACCUGAAUACAUUUCUCCAUACGGAACCAAAGAGUAAAAAAAAGUUUGUAAGCAUGUAUUUACUGAUACGUCUGCCUUAAUCUCAGAAAAAAAAAAUGUAUACCAAACAAAACUUCUAUGUGAAUUUAUUGGUGUAAAAAAAAAUAGUACAUGAAAAUAUUGUUUAAUUGUAGUACUGUGGCUAAAUGUCUUGGUCCUAACAGCACAUUUUCGCAUGGUUCCCAUGCUCGGCUCACUGUUAAACUGUCCUAUAUCUGGUGUCUGUUUGUCUGCUGCUUUGUGCACGAUCUGUGUCUCAGUGUCUCGUCUCGUGAAACUUGCAUCAGAGCUCAUAUAUAUUUACAUCACUCCUGUGAUUCGUGAUAACUGCUGCCCAACUACUAAGAUGUGGGUGCCAAACCAUGUAAUUUAAGAAAAAAAAAUUAUUGUAAUUCUCUUAGCAAAAGCGUUUAAUGAAGACAAAACUGUUUCGUAUGAGAGUUUUUUUCCCCUUUUGUUCAGUUUUUCCGUGCUUUGUAGCUCUAAGUUAAGUUAUUGAAUUUGUUUAUAAAGCAUUUAAGAAAUCUUUGUUUUGCUGUUUGUUGUUAUGAAAUUUUAACUGUUAUGUCGUAAAUAGCGUCUGAGAAACGGGUAAGCAGAACAGGAUGACCUAAGUGUCCACUGUCUUUGUGAGCCUCGAGUAUAGAAAACGAAGGGAACUUGUAAAAAUAUCUUCCGAUUUAUUUUCUUUGUCGAGAUUGUACAAACUCAUACAAAUUGUCAUCACAUAUGCAUUAGUAUUUCUCCUCCUUUUAUAUCAUAGAUUUCAUUGCAUGUUAAUAAGCCAAAUAAUUAUUCAUUUGCUGCAUUGAUGUGUUUUAAUGGUUUCGUUAAGCAUAAGAAAAGGGCUGAUACUUGAAAGAAUUUCUUGAAUGUUCAUAUAUUAUUUCCACAUUCAAAUAUGGCAAAAUAUGGCCUUACUCUUGACUCUCUUAUCUUUUUCUAUACUCGAAGGGUUAACUCAUACUCAAUGCGAGUCCCUUUUAUACGAUAUGUAAUUCAAAAAAAAUCAAAUGACGCCGGAUUUUUACUUAAUGGUUUCACUGUUUUACUCAAUAAUAUUUUGUUGUUGAUUUUAAAAGAUAUAUAUAUUUUGGUCAUUUCUAAUAGCUCUGUGAUAGUCAGGUGAAGUACUUACUUUCAAAUUCGCGGUCUUUUAAAAAGCAAAGUGUAAAAAAGCAUUUUUCAUUUUAUGUAUUCAUCCGAGCAGUCUUGCGAAUUUUAUCCUGGGUUGUAAAAAUUGUAAGUUUUUUUUUUCCCCCUUUUGAGUGCAGUUGCUCGGUAGGGACGUUUGAGCUAUCCGCAUACUGGCUUGAGAACAUAUCUUCAUAAAUAUCCAAAUUGCUGCAGCUAUUAUCUAGAAGACAUUUAUAACAUUUUGUUAACUCGAAAUUUUUUAUAAUCUUUUGUUAAAUGAAGACUUACAAAUUAUGCUGUGGAGUUUGGGAAAUUUUCAUUAAUAAAACAAAAUAGUAGUUUCU